ACGGCUGACGCUAGCACAUGCCACUCGUGUCAUUGAACGCGAACAUUCUCCUCAAAUCCGUUUGCUCGUUUUUGCCUCGCACCUUUUCUCUUCCGAUCGCCCAUUUGGCUCCACCAUUUCCCGCAGAGACGAGGGGCAGAGUGCAGACCUCCUACAUAUUCACCUUGUGUCCGAGAAAAGCUUACUAUUUCUAAGCGCCCGCGGGCGCUUAUCGAAGCUGUGCCAGUCGCCGGAUCAUGCCGCGGAGCCGAUUCUCUGCUUCCUGUUGUGCAGAUAGUAACUAUUAGUUACUAUUGAUAGCGCCUCCGUGCUCCUUACAGUCUGUCACAGCCAGGAUUAUAGACUGGCCUGUCCUAGCUCUCGUCUUCGAGCGCUCUUCCUAUCAUGGCAAGCCAGACGACCCUCCCUUCAUCACAGCCCGUUCCCGUCAUAAAUCAGCUUCCCUUUGAACUCCUAGCCAAGAUCUUUGUGCACAGUGCGCAGAAACCCGUCCAUCCCGUGAACGAAUGGUGUAUACCCAAGUACCCUCGCAAGACAUUGGUCGAAGCCGAUCUAUCCGGCACCCUGAACGUCGCCCGAGUCUGCCGCCAGUGGAGGAAUGUAGCGCUAGCUAUUCCCGAGCUGUGGAGGAUGAUCAGACUUUGCACUGUAGAGGACGCUGUGAUGUUCGCGGAGUCGCUCCCGCUCCCGCUACACGUCCUAGGCAGAUCGCCGCCAUCCUCGGUGUUUUUAACACUCGUUCUUCGGCCGACGAAGGUCUUCACAGAGGCAGACGUCGGUCACAUUCCGGUCACACCAGAGAUCAAGAACAUAAAGGGGAUGGAUGUCCAGGGGGAUUCGCAUAUCCGCUCCUCAGAGCUCUUCGGCUGGAUGCACCAGUUUCCCAAUCUUACCCAUCUAUCGCUCAUCAACAUCCAUCUCGAUGACCCUGUGUGUAUUCCCGAUCGCCUCCGCAGCCGUCUCACCCAUAUGCAUGUCUACCUGUGGUUUGACUCCCACGUGAACAGGUUCUUCGACAACCACUUGUCGCCGAACCUGAACCGUCCAUGGUCGAGCCUGACCUCGCUGACGGUAGAAAUGCCGCACUGGGCCAUCGAAGACCACAUUCUUCGGGCUAUACUGGCCCGUUCUCCGAGUCUCGUCGAGCUAUUUAUAGUCGCAGACAAGGCAGACACGGAACAGAGCUGGACGGCCACGUCGUCUCGCACGCUACAGACCUUCUCGCUUUGGGUAGAGGGAGCAUCUCUGGAAGAAAAUGAUCUCGGAACCCUCUUUGGCGCUCUUUCGUUCCCUUCCCUCUCCAACCUCAUUGUAACCGCUCCACCGCGAUGCGGAAACCUCGCGUUCAUAAGCCGUUUCCUUCGGCGAUCGAAGUGUCGUCUGUCGAGUCUUACCUUGACCAAUGUGAAAACAGAGGAAUCUGAGUGGUUCGAGAACAGCGAAGUUCGUCGGGCCGCGGUUAGCAUCGGCGAAGAGUUUGCCAUUCCUUCCGUCGAAUUUGCCUUCACUACUGCCGAGACCCAUGCGUAUCGCACAUCAAAGGAGAGUUGGUAUGACGUGGAUUCCUCCUGGUUAUAA